GCCGUUGAAGCAAACCGACGUGACGUGGGCUCCUGCUGCAAAGGCAGCGCUCCACGGUGUGCUCAACAGUAUUUAAUUUCAAGCAUGUCGUCACGCCUGCAGCUUGAGUACAGGCGCACCUUCUUGACCGUGGAGUGGCCAGUUCCGGAGGAGCACCGAGUGCAGCGCAGUAAAUCUUCGCCCCCACUGAGCCGUCCGGUAUUGGAGUCCGCUGUCGAUGUGAAUGCAAGGGAAGCACGCCAACAGAAAGCCGUGGAAGGUGGGCGACGGAUCAACAUGGAGUUCGGUGGAAGGGGACAGAUGUGGGGGGUUACACGAAGGGACCAACUUAGAACAGUCUAAAUGAAGGUGUUCCGGACGAAAGAAGCUUUGCAAGAUCGUAGCUUGACUGACGAACGAAGGAGGAAUGGUCACUUUGAAUGUGUUGAGCCUCAGAAAGUGUGCACAUUCUUACACAGUUUCCAUUAACUCAGUACUUUCCAGUGAGGACCAGCGAAACCGAUAUAGGUGUGGAUGAUGUUUGGCCGGUGCGAUGUUUGACUGGGAUGGUUAUUGCCACACUUCGUCGAUGGAACACUUGGUCACACAUUGGAUUGUGUGUUCCACAUAGACACGAUACACAUCCAGUUUGUUAAUUUGAACAUUGAACAAACUGAGGUCCCAACCUUGCUGAAUGUGGGUCUUUAUGUGGAUCUUUUGUCAUCCGAUGGACUUUGCUUCUAUCCAUAUAGAAGAUGACUGGAGAUGAUCUCUAUAUAGACUCAUGCCGAGACCCGCGCAGACCGGGUGUCUCACCCAGUCCCUGCCCCAGUCAUGGCCCCUGCCAGUCAUCCAGGUUGCUUUGAGGAAGUGAGGUCCCGGCUAGGGUUCAUUGAUGUUCGGCUUUGCACUCAUGGGGAGCUUCAUGCUUCAUACCCCCAUCCCAUCCGCCAGCCUCUAAAAGCCCUCCUUCCUUGGUCGAUCCAACGGCCGCGCGGGCGGCAUGCGCAGCCAGUGUUGAGCCACCACUGCGGCUUUGAAGUAGCUGGAACUCGACGGACCUGUGGAUGCGUGCACGCGGAGUUUUGUGCGUGUGGCCAUCAGUGGAAGCUUGACCGCCGCCAACGACAAAUGCUUCGCAUCAUGUAUUUGGAUGAGGUCUACCAGCUUCUGAUCCGCCUGGUAGCUGCCCGAGCGGCGGACGCCGGGAUCCUUCCGCACUUCGCCGACGUGCUCGACUUUUUGGCCCAACAGAUCCGACAACCAGGGGUGCGGCUGCGCAGCCUUUCGCCGGCUCAGCAGAAGAAUUUGGCCAAGUACCUCUCGAAGCAGACCUGCGAACAGAUGCUGCUGGCGACCUUGACCACAGCUGGAGUCGAUUGGGGCCGGAGGUCUCAAGUCUCCCAGCGCUUAAAAGCCAUCCGGCAAGCGCUGAAAUGAGCCAAGAAUUCCAUGGUUUGCCA